AUGGCUAAUGUCACGGAUCUGCAGACAAAAUACAGCAGGCUGGCACAGGAGUACUCCAAGCUGCGUGCCCAGAACCAGGUGCUGAAGAAGGCAGUUGUCGAUGAGCAGGCCACCUCAACUUCCCUCAAAGAGCAGGUGAAGCAGAGGGAUCAGAGCCUGAGGAAACAGGAGCAGGAGAUGGACAGCCUAAGCUUUCGGAACCAGCAGCUGGCCAAGAGGGUGGAGCUGCUUCAAGAAGAGCUGACUGCUUGUGAAACUAAGGGCAAAAAGGCAAAGAAUAAAGGAGAUUCGCCUUCACACCACGGUGUGCGGACACAAAGUGUUUUUGAUGAGGAUCUGCAGAAAAAGAUAGAAGAAAAUGAAAGGCUUCACAUUCAAUUUUACGAGGCAGAUGAGCUCCACAAGAAGCAGGAAGCUGAGAUGAGGGCACAACUAGAAGAGUUGGAGAGGGACUCGCAACAUCACCAGGCUAUUGUGGAUGGACUCACCAUCAAGUACACAGAAAUCAUUGAAAGGCUGCAGAGUGACAAGGCACGAUUGGAGGUUAAAACACAGACUCUGGAGAAAGAGGGAAAAGAUUGCCGAUUGAGAACAGAGGAAUGUCAACAGCAAUUAAGACGAUGCCAGUCAGAACUCAACAGGCAAUUGAAACAAAGCAGCAGCGUCAUCCAGGAAAAAGUGCCGUUUCAUGACACCAAAUUUAGUGAUUACAACUGUCUAAAUGUGCCAGCACACAAUCGAAGACAUCAGCUUAAAGCCAGGGAUGUGGCUGGCCAAGCCUUGAGCUUCAUUCAAGACCUGGUGGCUGGUCUUCUGAACUUCCAUUCAUACACUGAGCAGAGAGUCCACAUCUAUCCCCUGGACUCUUCUAUUGAACCCAUUUCUCCUUUGAAUCAGAAGUUUUCUCAGUAUCUGCACGAGAAUGCGGUAUAUGUGCGCCCUCUGGAGGACAGCUUUUUGCAGUUACACCAAAGUAUCACUGAAGACACAGUCACUGUGCUGGAGACUGUAGAUAAACUGAAGAAUUUCAGUGACAAUUUCUCCUCUUACACCAAUUUUUUACAAAAGCUUCUCCCUUAUCAACUAAAAAGCCUAGAGGAGGAGUGCCAGACACCACUUUGUACUACUGCUCUUGCAGCAAAGAACCAGGAGCUGCAGAAUGAUGUGAAGAGAGUCACUGCAGUGUUUGACAAACUACAGAGCUACAUUAACCUACUGACUUUACCUAGUGUACGUCCGGAUGGUAUGCCACAAAGUAGCAACUCCGCAGUCUUCACUCAGCUGUCGGCAUGCUUACACAGUCUUAAUGAUGCUGUUAAAGAAAUGUCAAAGCACUACAACCAGAAAGCAAGCUUGGAGCAGGAGCUCCCAACAGCCUCACAAAAACUCUUCACCACCACAGAGUGUCUGCUCGGCUCCCUUGGCUCACUGACCAACAGCACUGGCAAGAUUGCUACAUUCUUCAGCAACAAUUUGGAUUUCUUCACGUCAUCGGCGUACAGUCCCAGAGGGAGCACAGCAUCUCUUAACCCUUUACAAGCUGAGACUAUGCUCUCAAAUAAAAAGAAAGCAGCUGCUUACAUUGACAUGCUUCAAAAGCCAAGGCCAGAGUCCAUUCCCUAUAGGGAGGCGCUUUCCAAUCGCCAGGUACUCACUAGUUCGACUGAGAGUAGAGAAGGUCUCACUCAACAGGUGCAACAGAGUCAGGAAAAGAUUGCACGUCUUGAGCAAGAAAAAGAACACUGGCUCUUGGAAGCUCAGCUGGGUAAAGUGCGGCUGGAAAAGGAGAACCAGCGUAUUUCAGACCUGGAAGCGCAGCUUGCUAUGGCCCUCGGGGCAGGUCAGAACGCGAGGACAACUAGUACACUGACACAGAACCACGAGGAAGUAGAGGCAUCUGCAGCCAAGGAAACUAUUCAGCAAACCACACUGACGUCUGACAUCGAUGUUGCGUGUGGUUUGCAGGUGGGAGAUGAAGAAUCCAGGGAGCAGUUGAUAAAAACUCACUACAUGACAAGAGUAAGAGAGCUCACAACUCAGCUCCAGGUGUCAGACAGCAAAGCAGUCCACUUCCACUCUGAGUGUCGCGCUUUGGCCAAGAGAUUAGCCAUUGCCGAGAAAUCGCGAGACGCUGGACGCGAUGAGAUGAAACGGGCCAGUCAGAACAUCACACACCUGCAGGAUGAACUGAGCACGACCAAAAGGAGCUAUGAAGACCAACUCAGCAUGAUGAGUGACCAUUUGUGUAGUAUGAACGAGACGCUGAGCAAACAGAGAGAGGAAAUCGAUACACUCAAACUGGGAAACAAGGCAAAUUCAAAAAAGAACAAAAGUCGCUAG